UGCGCUUAGUUCUUCACGAACUGUGUAGGAGGUUAGUACGGUACAUGAAUAAUAUGUUUCGUUAAUGUCAUGCGCUAUAUGCUCGCGAAAAAGCGCUUUACGCUUAUGUCUCGCGAGUAUUGCCGCCACGUGAUUUUGACAGUCGAGACGGUGUGAACAGCCGGUGUUUUAUCUUAUACGUGGUUAAGAGUGAAAGUGUUUUGAUAUUUGAUAAGAGACCGGCGAUAUUUCGAACGAUGUUCCUAUAGGAUCAAAACCAUAUUGAAGGUGUCACUGAAAUAUUGCUAUUCACACUAUGGAGUAUUAUCGGUACAUUUGGCUCGCAAUUGUAUUAUAUUCAACAAUAUGUGCAGCCAACGACGGCAUUUUUGGAUCCAAAUACCCUAACGAAAUCCCGGAAUACGACUUGCUACACGCGAUUGGAGUUCCAUUCAGUAACCCAAAAACCCAGUAUUUCGAUGAAGGUCUCGACGGCUUCCCUGCAUACGGCCUUAAACCAGGCUCGGAUAUUAAAUCACCAUAUAGGCUCUUCAUGCCAGAGAAACUAUAUUCGGAAUUUUCAAUAACCGCUACCGUACGCCCGGCCAACAAAGAUGGCGGAUUCCUUUUCUCCGUUGUGAACCCUUUGGAGACUGUGGUCCAAUUGGGAGUUCAAUUAAUACCUUCUGGGCCUGGUUUGACAAACAUUUCACUUCUCUAUACAGAUCCAAAUAUAUAUGCAUUAAGUCAGACCAUAGCAUCGUUUGUCGUGCCAUCAUUUGCCAAAAAAUGGAGUCGGUUUGCCCUCAAAGUAACCUCUGAUAAUGUUACUUUAUUUUUGAACUGUCACGAGUUUGAUACUUUAGUAGUUAAAAGAAACCCUUUGGAGCUGGUGUUCGACUCGGCCUCUACUUUGUACGUCGGUCAGGCGGGACCCCUUAUUACAGGUGCAUUUCAUGGUGCCUUUCAAGAGCUCAAGCUUUAUGGCUCUCCAUCGCAAGCGGAAGUGCAAUGUGUUAAUACAUACGAGGAAAUAGGUAAAAGCAGCGAGGGAGAUGAAAUCGAUAUUGACAAUUUUUUGGUCGACCAGGAGGAAGGAGAUUCAGAGGGUUCAGGGCGGUAUGGGACCAUACCACCGUUUCCACCACCACCACCAGGAAUGGAUGGGUAUCCUUUGCGGCUUCGAGGAGAAAAGGGAGAAAGAGGACCAAGGGGUCCGCCUGGGGAAUCUAUACGUGGCCCUCCUGGGCCACCAGGCCCUCCCGGUCCUCCUGGCGUAAACACCGUCUCGGAAACUUCAGGGUCCGGAGAUGACAAAACAGUAAUAAAGCAAAUUUUUGGAGAAAAUUACGCAUCGCUCGGUCAUUGUGGAUGCAAUUCAAGUGUUUUAUUAUCACUUUUGGAAAUUGCUCCCGAACUUCAAGGCCCUCCAGGUCCUCCUGGUAUAACGGGGGCUGACGGAUUAACAGGUGCUCCUGGAAUACCUGGACAACCUGGCAUGCCUGGAGAGAGAGGUUCAAUCGGCCAACGAGGCGAAAAGGGUGAUAGAGGUGACAGUGGACCACGAGGAUCAGAGGGUCAACCAGGUCCUAAAGGAGAGCCAGGUGUAGAUGGAAGACCUGGAAGUCCGGGACCACCAGGUCCACCAGGAACACCUGGCUCUUCUGAUUAUAACAACUUUGAUUCAAACUGGAAACCUAGACAAAUAUAUAAGGAAUCAUUACUGGGUUCAUACGGUGGAGCAAUUGGAAGACCAGGUGCCCCAGGGCCUAAGGGAGAUGCAGGUCAACCUGGACCUAUAGGACUACAAGGAGAACGGGGAUUCCCUGGACCCAAAGGUGAAAGAGGGCAAAUUGGACAAACAGGAGCCAAAGGUGACCGUGGACAUCCUGGCCACAAGGGAGAUAGAGGAGUAAAGGGAGAUCGAGGUAAUCCAGGACUAGAUGGGCGUUCUGGUCUACCGGGAGCCAAUGGACGUUUUGGAGAAAAAGGAGAAAAGGGAGAACGAGGCAUACCUGGUCCACCGGGACCGCCAUCCCUACCCAUAGGGGUUGUUGCUUCGGAAGAACCGGAAUUUCUGGCGACAGGUUUACGACACUUAGGACCAGCUGAAAAAGGAGAAAAGGGAGAGAAGGGGAGUCGAGGAAAUGACGGAACAUCAGGUUUUCCUGGAAAAGAUGGUAAGCCAGGCGAAAGGGGUGAUAUAGGUCCCUCUGGUUUACCAGGUAUUGCAGGUCCUCCAGGGAGCCCAGGUUUAAAGGGUGACAGAGGAGAAAGAGGUCCUCCAGGCCCUGUCAGUUUAACAUCUGCCGGCUCUGAUAUUCUAACAAUCAAAGGUGAAAAAGGUGAACCAGGCUUAAGGGGCCGAAGAGGACGACCUGGUCCACCUGGGCCGCGAGGAGCCCAAGGACUUCAAGGCUUAGUUGGUCCAACCGGAAAACCGGGCGAAAAAGGUGACAUUGGUUUACCUGGUUGGAUGGGACGACCAGGAACAUUAGGACCACCGGGAAUUCCAGGCCCAGUAGGACCAAAGGGAGAAAAAGGGGACCCUGGAGUGAAUAUAUUAGAUGUCUCAAUGUUUAAGGGAGAAAAAGGAGACCGAGGAUUAGAGGGGAUAUCUGGUCCGAAAGGAGAGCAGGGUCCUAUUGGACCUCCAGGUCCACCUGGUCCCGGUUCUAGAUCAGAAGCAGUACAAUAUAUUCCUGGACCACCAGGACCUCCAGGACCACCAGGGCAACCUGGAACUCCUGGAAUAUCUAUUGUCGGACCCAAGGGUGAACCUGGAGUUAGCUACCUAGAAGAAUAUCCUGUGCAUGGAAGCACGAAAUACUUUGGUAGACCAGUACCUAAAAGUCCAAUUGAUGAACUAAAGGCUUUAAAAGAGUUGAAAGGUUUAAAAGAUAGGAAUAAAGAUCGUAUACCCUCUCCAGAAUAUAGACCUCAUCAAGACGAAACGAACGCAAACAAGAAUGUACCCGGCGCUCUGGUAUUCCACACUACGGAAGAGAUGCUACGGCUUGCGUCAACAAGUCAUCUUGGAGCACUUGCGUAUGUGAUUGAAGAACAAUCCCUUUUUGUAAAGGUUAACUCAGGCUGGCAGUACGUUUUGUUAGGUUCCCUAGUGACGCAAUCAGCUCUCCAUACAACAACAACGUCUGCUCCGGCACCACCACCACUACUGCCGGCUGCAAGCCUUGUGCAUGCACCUUUAUCAAACAUGGUGGAUACGCCUCUAGCUCCCAUGGGACCUAGUCUCCGUCUAGCCGCUCUGAAUGAGCCGCUGUCCGGCGACAUGCAUGGCAUACGCCGUGCUGACUAUGCCUGCUACCGACAAGCUCGUCGAGCUGGCCUGAAAGGAACAUUCAGGGCCUUUCUUACAAGCAGAAUACAAAACUUAGAUUCCACAGUGCGAUAUGCUGAUAGACAUUUGCCAGUUAUCAACACUCAGGGUGACGUCCUAUUCCAAUCAUUCUCAGAUAUUUUUGAUGGAAAUGGUGGUGUGAUAGCUGGAUCCCCAAGGAUAUACAGCUUUAGCGGAAAGAAUAUAAUGCUUGAUUCAAACUGGCCUCAAAAGCUCAUCUGGCACGGAUCUCAUGCGAGCGGAGAACGAGCUCUGGAGACUUUCUGUGAGGAGUGGCAGAGCGCUGAUCCCUCAUCCCGUGGCAUGGCCGCCUCGUUACAUUCACACCGACUUUUGUCUCAGGAGAGAUAUUCCUGUAAUAACCACUUUGCAGUAUUAUGUAUUGAAGCUACUUCGCACUUGAGUGUUCGAAGAAAACGAGAGAUAGCAAGGUACAACAUGUCUUCGGUGAAUGACGAGUAUCAUCCGUACAACGCUGAAGAAUAUCAAGACUUGUUAAAUGAGAUAUUCGGACAACCAUAAAAGCUAUGGUCCUUGAAGGUUCUUUAAAUCAAUUUGUCCGUGCCCGUAAUCGCUUCAAUAACGUUUGCGUUUUUACCCUAGGUAAUUUUAUAAUCAUAAUUCUUAUACUAAUACCAAUUCUGUCUUACUGAUAUCGAAAUAAUAUAUCAAUUUUAAUAUCAGUAACACGUUUAUAAACCUGAAAUAUAUGGCCAUACUCAAUUUACAUGAGAUUUAAAUUAUGAAUAUAUGUAUGGUGUUCAAACGAGAUUUUUAAAUUAGCUUAUAUCUUUGUAUAAUAUCUUGAGCAAUAUUGGAAUUUAUGGCUUAGUAUUUAAACGUUUAAAUCGUUUAAUAAUAUAAUUAAAAGCUAAUGUAGGUACGUCCUUCCGUUCACGCAUGUAGAUAUAACGAUUACUUAUUUUUAAGGUUUUCUAAAUUGCAUUUAUUUAUCUAGUAUUAUAUUAUAUCAGACGAAUCAUUGGAGCGGUGAUUUAAAUAAAUUUUCCGAUUGAUGUUUUUUUAUAAGCAAAUAAUUAUCGGGUAUGUUUUUUGUGAUAAUUUAGUUUAUCUUAAUUUGAACUCUACGAAUGUACAUAUUAUUUUAUUGCUUAAUAUAAUUAAUAAUAGCUUAUAUUUAAAAAAAAAAAAAACAAAUAAAAUCCAAUCACAUCAUUAUUACUUCUUCAUAACUUAGUUGUUUAGUUAUUUUUUCUAUACGAUGUCAAUAUAUCAUUAUUGUAAUACUAAGCUACUUAUACAGCAUCAUAUUCAAAUUGUAAUUUAAUAAUCUUAAUCAUUAAAUUCAAGUCUGAUUAUUUUCAUUAUUUUUAAUAUGUAAUGAGAAUGCUUAGAUCGGUAAGUAUCUAACAAAAUUUUUUUGCUACUUAUUUUAUAUUGUAGAUCCUAGUCGACUGGUGUUGUGCUAUUUUUAAACAAGUCGAAUAAAUAGGAAAAAGCAAAGGAAUUAGUUAAAAGUGUUAGUUAAAAUAAAUAUAGUUAAUUUUUAUAUUUUCAAUAGAAUUAACAUGAAUCGAGAAUAAAGGUAAUUAUACUUGGGCAAUAGACACAAUGUUCAUAUACAUAUACAUGUAUGUAUAUAUCUAAAAAAAUUUAUUAUGUACAUAGAUUCUGUUCGAAAUGAGAAUUGUUAUCUUUAAACUGAAUAUGAAUGAAACCAAAGAUAUGUGUUCUUUGUGACUUGUAUAAAAAUAGUAUUUCAUAAACAUAUGUUUAAGACAUGACACACCAAUAAGCAUUUAUUUAGGUACUUAGUUCAUAAUGUUUUUUCAAUGAAUCGUAAAAUAUGACUGUGUCUAUACAAUUAGAUCGAAUAAAUGUUUUCACAGCCAAAAA